UUCCUACUCAUUACUCAUUACAGCCUUAUCUCCAAAAGUCAGCGACCUCUUUUGUCUGCUUUCUUUUUCUCUCUCAACAAAACUGAACAAGAAGCUGAGAGAAACGUACAGAUUUUUUCAGAGCUCAGUUUUUGUCUAUGGAAAUGGAAGUUGAUUGGGAUCUUCACGCCGUCGUUAGAGGCUACUCCGCCAUGACCUCCGCCGCUGUUCCUUCUUCCGACUCUUACUCUGUUCCUUCCAAUUCCAAUAACUCUGUUCCUAUGGCGUUUGGCAGAGACCAAACGAACCGUAUGUUGUCGCUUCAAGAUCCGUUUGAUGGGUCCAAUUGUAAUUCUACUGAGGAAUUGCAGGAGUUUUUCAACCCCUUUUUACCUAAAUCUCAACGCUCACCACCACUGCCGCCGCCUGCUCCGCCGCUUCUUUCUUCUCCGGCGGUCAAAAUUCUGACCCAUCAGAAGCAACUACAGAACACCCAUCUCCCUAAACAGCUCCAUUCAACCUCCGUUUCUGCUCCGAGAUCCAAACGCCGGAAGAACCAGUUGAAGAAAGUCUGUCAAGUUCCGGCGGAGGCUCUGUCCUCGGACAUUUGGGCUUGGAGAAAAUAUGGACAAAAACCCAUCAAGGGAUCUCCAUAUCCAAGGGGAUAUUACAGAUGUAGCAGUUCAAAGGGUUGCAUGGCCCGGAAACAAGUGGAGAGGAACAGAUCCGAUCCGGGAAUGUUCAUAGUUACUUACACGGCGGAGCACAACCACCCGGCGCCAACUCAUCGGAAUUCCCUCGCCGGCUCCACCCGUCAGAAGCCCAACACGCCGACACCCACCGACGCCGGAUCGGAAAAACCCGACGCGAAACAGCUCGUUUGCUCGUCCGAAGAUCUGAGUACGAUCAUGGAGAGCAAAGAAGAAGAGAAAGAGGAAUCAUUGGCGGAAGACGAAGAAGACAACGAUCUGGGGGACUCUGAUUUAAUCGUCAACGACGAUUUCUACGUGGGGUUUGAAGAACUCGACAGUCCUAACGCCGACGACUGCUUUUCCGAUGAU